AUAUUUAUGUACUUUUAGCCCAAUUUCAAGGAUAGUAAUGGCCCAUCAUCACUCAUUUCUGCUAAUACCCUAAAACCCUAGAAAACCCCCUAAAUUUCCUUUCUCCUCAGUUGCUUCCUCAACCCUCCCCCAUCAAAGAAGUUUGUGUUUAUUUUGAUCGGAUAAGAUGUAUCUCCAGUUCUACAUAAAUGAGAAUGGUGACAAAGUUUACACCACUAAGAAAGAAUCACCACAUGGGCUGCCUACUCAGUCUGCUCAUCCAGCUCGUUUCUCCCCCGAUGACAAAUACUCAAGACAAAGAGUUCUUUUGAAGAAGCGUUUCGGAUUAUUGCCUACCCAGCAGUCGCCACUAAAAUACUGAAACAUUUCAUGUAAUGCAUGCUGUACUUUUAUAUAGCAUACUUGGUGUCUUUGUAUGUGUAAUGAAGUUCCUCUUCGGCUCAUAUCUGAGUCCCUUUAUGAUGACGAUGGUGAUUUAAAAUUACAAACAGCUAAGUAACUUUAGUA